AUGUCGAGAUAUCAAGGAUGGAAGAACCUCGCAGUACUUCUGCAGUUAGCAGCACUUGCCCUUUUUCUCGAUCUACUCUCUGGCUGUCAUGGACACAAACCCCAGCUCCAUCAAAGUCUUACAGAGUUGAACAUAAACGAGGGAGAUGCUCUAGAAAUUACUUGCAAUAGCAGUGGUUUAAUUUCGUUUAAAUUCCCAGACAAAAAUGAAGACGAUAUUACAAGAUCCAACAAUUACAGUACUUAUAAUCGUGACGGAAAAAUCAUAUUUCGAAGGUCAUCAACUGUUUUUGGUGACACCGGCUGGUACAACUGCACGAAUACAAAAUAUGGGAUAUUUAGUACAGACUUUAAAGAUUUAAAUGGCCCUUGGAUGUACGUUUAUGUCAAAUCCAAUAAAAGUGCAUUUGUUCAAAGUACUGAAGAUACCUUAAAAAUCAAAGUACGUGUUGGUGAUCAGGCAAUUCUCCCAUGUCGUCCAACUUCUCCUGAACUCAAUGUGACGCUUAAAACUCUCGACGGUCAUGAGCCACGUCCGUUGGUCAGCAAAAGGAUAAGUUUCGAUCCAAAAUGGGGUUUUAUCGUCGAAAAAUCUGAAUUUACGGAUAGUGGAAACUACACUUGUCAAGUUAACCAAGAUGGUUUCAAUCAAAAAAUAGACGUUGACCUGUUGAUCAUGAAAAAAGAGCAAAAAAAACCAGUGAUUUCGAUAGAUGGCCUGAAACACAUCGUCGCAGGUUCGACAUUAAAUAUUAACUGCAAAGCUGAAAUCGAAAAGGAUAACUCUCUCAAGCUCUCGUGGGCAACUCCUCGUGAUUCGGCUAUAUAA